UAGAAACCUAAAAUGUCAUUUUUAUUUUUCGUUUGUUGUCUGGAGUCUGUGGUCAAUUCAUUCUCUGUCUUCUCCGUUCAAUUUAUUAAUUUCUGAUAUCUCGGAAAAUUUGCGAAAAAUAUUGUUAUUUGAUCUCGUAAAUUAGGUACUAACUACUAUAUCAGAAAAACUUUCUUUAUUUCCAAAUCGGGUGUUAAAGGUUAAGGCACAAAAAGAUCAGCGAUGUGACAUCUGAAUGUAAAUAAGUGACGACCUUGCGUAAACUAUAACGUAUGUGUACUAUUUGUUGGACUAAAUUUUUGGUCAAAUUACAAAAAUAAGCGAUUCAAUCUGAUAAGUGAAUGUCGUUUUAUGUUUUCAUUUGUGCACGUUACAUGGAUAACGCAAGAAAUUAAGCUUUGGACGAUAUUAUGUAUACAUUUGCGUGGGGUAAAGACCACCUGAGAUUCAGGCGAGCUACUUUGGAACUAUGUUCGCCACCACAGGCAUGGUAGCAGCACCUCAGCAAGCGACUGGCCAGGUCGCACAGAAUGGGAGCACAACUUUGCCAAGAUCCCACCAUCAGAGAACAGGAAGACCACCAGCAGCUCCUAAGUCAUAUGACUAUCUUCUAAAGGUUUUGCUUGUUGGUGACUCAGAUGUUGGCAAGCAGGAGAUCUUGCAGGACCUGGAGGAUGGCUCCGCUGACUCCCCAUUCUGUAGCGGGAGUGCUUACAAAACUACGACGAUUCUCUUGGAUGGUAAAAGAGUCAAGCUGCAACUUUGGGAUGCAUCUGGCCAGGGAAGAUUCUGCACAAUCAUACGCUCAUAUUCGAGAGGAGCACAAGGAAUACUGCUAGUAUAUGACAUUACCAAUAAAUGGUCUUUCGACAGUAUUGACAGAUGGCUUGAGGAGGUUGAAAAGCAUACACCAGGAGUACCAAAGGUUUUAGUCGGUAACCGGCUGCACCUUGCUUUCAAGCGGCAAGUACAAGAGAGGGAUGCUGAAUUAUACGCUGCUAAGAAUCACAUGGCAUUCUUUGAAGUGAGCCCACUGUGUGACUUCAAUAUACGCGAGAGCUUCUGUGAAUUGUCUCGAAUGGCGCUACAUCGGAAUGGCAUGGAAAGACUUUGGAGGAGUAACAAAGUCCUCAGCCUUCAGGAGCUAUGCUGUCGCGCGAUAGUAGCGCGCACGUCGGUGUACGGGCUGGAGAGGCUCCCGCUGCCGACCACGCUCAAGUCGCACCUCAAGUCGUAUGCGAUCUCCGCCGCGCCGAGCCGCCACCGCGCGCGCGCCACCAAGCUGCCGCACCACACGCGGCUCAACUGCACCGGCCGCAACUCCUGCAAUAUCGCAUAAACUAUUUACCCUCCUGUUACUAAUAUUACUUUGAUAGUGUGAUACAAACCUAAACCAAGUUUAAGAGGAUCGUCUAGUUGUCAAUUUUCAUACAAAAGAGAUUUUUUGUGAGAGAAGAGACAGUUUUGCUCAUAUUUUAUAAUUAAAAUAAUUUUCAUAAUUUUUUGUAAUGUUGCAGAUGUAAU